UUGUAUACGGAUAAGUUACACAUUAAUAUGACAUUAUAUUUAUUCUCAACUCUUUUUGAUUCUAAGGUUGUUAAUUUGGAAAACUAUGCGGAAGUAAUCGUAAUGAAAGAGUGUCUCGCUAGCUAGUUAGCUAAUGGCUACGUUAGACAGAGAUAUACUGUAGCUAUGCUUUACGUACAUGCUGAAUUGAAAGUUGACGAGGAUUUGCUGCACUGAUGAGUAUAGUCAAAUCACGACCCAGAAAUACGAAUAACCUCUAGUGCUAGUGAUUCUAAGUUAGUUAGCUAACGUUAGCUGUGCUUUUACAAGACGGGUAGCCACGUAUGAAACUGUCCAGCCCUAGUGACUUACUAUGGCUUAAUUCCUUCUUGUAAUAUACUACAAAGCGUUCAUUUAGUAGAGAAUCAAUUAGAUAGUCGAAACAAGAAGGGGCGCGCGUUUUGGUCCGUGGUUCUGAAAUGUUAUAACAGCAGCAUCGCGUGCUUCCGGGUUCGAUGUUGCAUUGAGCAGAUGAAGAAGCAGAUCAUCUGGGUGAUAUCAGGACUGAACAGAAGGAUGAUGAAACUGCUGUUCGCCAUCGCUUUGAUCGCCUACAUUGCAUCUGUCUGGGGAACCUACACCAAUAUGAGAUCCAUACAGGAACAUGGGGAGAUGAAGAUUGAGGAAAGCAUUGACGAGGUGGUUGCUCCCCUCAGAGACAAAAUCCGGGAUCUGGAGCUGAGUUUCUCUCAGAAAUACCCCCCUGUGAAGUUCCUUUCGGAGAAGGAUCGGAAAAGGAUUUUGAUAACUGGAGGGGCGGGCUUCGUGGGCUCCCACCUGACUGAUAAGCUGAUGAUGGAUGGCCACGAGGUGACAGUGGUGGACAACUUCUUCACGGGCCGCAAGAGGAACGUGGAGCACUGGAUCGGCCACGAGAACUUUGAGCUCAUCAACCACGACGUGGUGGAGCCGCUCUACAUCGAGGUGGACCAGAUCUACCACCUGGCCUCUCCUGCCUCUCCUCCCAACUACAUGUACAACCCCAUCAAGACCCUGAAAACCAACACUAUAGGAACCCUCAACAUGCUGGGGUUGGCAAAGCGCGUGGGAGCCCGUCUGCUGCUGGCUUCUACGUCUGAGGUGUACGGAGACCCCGAGGUGCACCCCCAGAAUGAGGAGUACUGGGGUCAUGUGAACCCUAUCGGCCCCCGGGCCUGCUACGACGAGGGCAAGCGCGUCGCUGAGACCAUGUGCUACGCCUACCUGAAACAGGAAGGAGUGGAGGUGAGGGUGGCACGCAUCUUUAACACAUUUGGCUCCCGGAUGCACAUGAACGAUGGCCGAGUGGUCAGCAACUUCAUACUGCAGGCUCUACAGAGAGAGGCCCUCACCGUGUAUGGAAGCGGAUCCCAGACGAGGGCCUUCCAGUAUGUGAGUGAUCUAGUGGAUGGUCUGGUGUCGUUGAUGAACAGUAACAUCAGCAGCCCAGUCAACCUGGGGAACCCAGAAGAACACACCAUAUUGGAGUUUGCUGAGCUCAUCAGGAGUCUGGUGGUGAGCCGCAGUCAGAUCCAGUUCCUUCCAGAGGGGCAGGACGAUCCUCAGAGACGACGACCCGACAUCCGCAAAGCCAAGAUGAUGCUAGGCUGGGAACCUGUGGUGCCGUUGGAGGAAGGCCUGAACAAGACCAUCCAGUACUUCAGCCGGGAGCUGGAGCACCAGGCCAACAACCAGUACAUCCCCAAGCCCAAGGCAGCCCGCCAGAAGAAAGGACGACCCAGACAACACAACUGAGCUCAGGGGGUCAAUGUUCACGCCAUCCCCAAAGGCUGCUGGGACACUGGAGGACCCAGGACCCCCCUCCUCAGAGUACUCUCUUGAGUUCGGAGCGAAGACGAAGUAGACAUUUCCUGUGUCUGCUGUUGGUUUUUGCUGUGGCGUUUGUGACAUGAGAACUCGAGAACUGUCCCCCAAUAGACACACUACCGUGGGAGGUUGCUUUUCAGACGGACAGACUUGCCUGAAUGAAAGAAUACGAAUCACAAACAGAAAAAAACCUGUCAGCGAUUGGAUUCCAGUCUUGCACUCUUUUUUUGUCAAUAGACGUUUUUUUUAUUUAAGAGCAGGCUUGAGAGAAGUGUUUUGUUGCAUUAUUCACACUGUGCAGUUUUUGUGUUAUAUGUUUUGUUCGUUUGACGUGAUCUAUUUUAUUAUCUUUGUUUCCUGUCUCUUAAGUAAAAUACUGCUUUGUAUUCCAACCAUUGGAACAUUGGAGGAGAGGAGGGGUGAAGGAGAGUGAGCCUCAGAGGGGUGUGCUUGACCCCACGUUCUACAUUUGCCCUGGUGCCAUUGUGAGCUGUAAGCCUGGACACAAACACACACCAGGAGUGUGUUUCUGCGUCACCGUGAGCGUGUGUUGUGGUUCUAUCUGAGUAUCCUUUGUGAUCUUUGUGAAUUUCAG